AUGUCGUCAAUCCGGCGACCACUGAACCGCGUCCACACCUCGCUCUGCACCUCCGAUAACCAGCGCAGAUCCAAAAUGGGCGUCGACUGCGGCUUCGAUGUCUAUCCCUCGCUCAGCCCGCAAUGCCAAGGCCAAUACGAGGCUUUUCUUGAAGAGGUCAUCCAUAAAUACAAAGACGCACUUCACCCCAAUACCGGGGAGCCCCUUAUCCAGAUCAUCGGCACACCAGAGACUAAAAACGCUUACGUCUUAUUCAAUGUUGGCGAGGACCCUGUGAUACCCUACCGCUCUGAGUACUUUCUGCGCUUCCAGUCUCGGCAAGAAGUAAAAGAUGGUGCUGCUGUAGAUGGGCCCUGCUUGAACGUCCUUAUGUCGCAGCUCAUGUUAUGA